AUGGACCUAACAAGUGACUUAUUUCUCCUCAUUUCCAUCUCGGCCAUCCUCACCUCCUUCUCCUCACUCACGUCGGCAAAUGCCCUACCUCCGGAAAUCAAGACAAUAUGUGACAAGACGUCGAGCCCCGAUAUCUGUUCUAGCUCUAUUGUCCCGUUUCUAGAUGGCAAAAGUAAAGACAUUGCAUCUGUUUUACGCAUGCAGAUAAUGGCAACCAUGGAUACUAUUGAGACCGCAAUUAAGGAGUCUAAAAAACACUCUAAAGAGCUACAUAAGGAAGAUAAGAUUGGUGCAAGACGAAUAAAAGAUUGUGGACAAUUAUACUCAUCAGCAAUAAGCGACUACAAAAACGCACUCAAGGCUUUGAAAGAAAAUAACUUUGAAUCACUGCAAACCGAGCUCGAUGCUGGCAGAUCUAUGAUAUCGACGUGCGACGACACAGUUACUGGCGAUAGAAGCUUACCCGAUAGCGUCAAUCCUCUGAAUAAAAUCAACUUAUCGAUCAAGAAGAUGACCGGAAAUUGCUACGACUUGAAGAACCUUAUGAAACCUCUUGCCCAGCCUCAUGUUAUAUAA